CCUACUUUCGUUUCAUCAAUUAUUUUACUUUCAUAACGACCAUUGCUUUGCUCGUCACGUGCUGAGAGAGUAGAACUGCAGAAAUGUGAAAUAUGCAGACAGAGGAGAGAGGAAGAGAGAGAAAGACUGACACAAACUUCCAGUAGAGGCCCGCAAUACCAUGUAGUAGUACAUCUCCGUAAACCACACGCUUACAUCUCCCAAUCCAUCGGCGCCGGAGGUGGUGGUGAUGAAAAAGAAGCACCUGGUGGUAAUUAUCGAUAAUUAAGUCUGUGAUUUCUUUCUUCGAUACUCAUUCUUCUUCUUCAGAGAGAAAAAGAUGGAGAAGAAGAAGCGAUUGGUAAAAAUAUGGGAUGUGAAACAUAUGUUCGAAAGCAGUCUCAUUAUCUUUUUCAUAAUAGGAGCAUUGACUACCACCGCCGUUUAUUAUGUCAACACCGACGAACAAUACACCAGUACUCCGGCGAGUCCGGCCACCGUAGCUCACAGUCCUAGUGUUUAUGAUUCUUUAGAAGGGUGUGAUUUGUUCUCCGGCAAAUGGGUUCAUGACAACGAUACUUAUCCUCUAUACAAAGAACAAGAAUGCCCCUAUAUUCCUGGUGAGUUUGCUUGUGGACAAUAUGGAAGAAUGGACUCCAAGUAUCAACAAUGGAGAUGGCAACCCCAUGAUUGCAGCCUUCCAAGAUUUGAUGCCAAACAAGUUCUUGAGAAGCUAAGGGGUAAAAGAAUAAUGUUUGUCGGAGAUUCAGUGAAUAGGAACCAAUGGGUGUCGAUUGUUUGUAUGCUUCAAGCUGUCAUUCCUCCUGGGAGGAAGAAGAUGCACAAGAUCCAGGAAGUUAAACAAGUUCAGGAUGUCUCUUUGCUCACCUUCAAAGCUUUUGAUUAUGACGUUUCGAUUGACUUCUAUUGGGCUCCAUUGUUGGUUGAAUCUAAUGCGGAUCACCCAACAAAACAUAAAAGAACUGAUCGCAUAGUUCAUAUCCACUCUAUAGAGAAACAUGCAAAAAAUUGGGUUAAUGCAGAUGUGUUAGUUUUUAACUCAUAUCUUUGGUGGGGGACACCUACACUAAAAAUCUUGUAUGAUUCACUUGAAGAUUCUACAAAAUACAACGUAGUCACCAACCAUCGUGCCUAUAGAAUGGUUCUAAGAAUAUGGUCAAAAUGGGUUCGUACUCAUAUCAACCAUGCAAGGACUCAAUCCUACUUCAUGAGUAUGACUGCAACACACCACAAGGGCAUAGAUUGGGGCAUGCAAGACAAUGAAAAUUGUUUAAAUGAGACAGAGCCAGUAACAAAAGAACACUUUUGGGAAAGUGGUUCUGAUUUAAAAAUGAUGAAAACAUUAGAGUUGACAUUAAAUAAUUUAAAAGAAAGAGGGGUUGAUGUGAAAAUGAUGAAUAUAACACAACUAACACAAUAUAGGAAAGAUGGGCAUCCAUCUAUUCAUAGGUUGUUCUAUUCUACUUUGAAAGCAAAACAACUAUCUAAUCCUUCACGUUAUGCUGAUUGUACACAUUGGUGCCUUCCAGGUGUCCCAGAUAUUUGGAAUGAGCUACUCUUAGCUUAUAUUCUUCGAGGACUAAAAUAAAAUUUCUUUCGUUGGACAAAUUCGUAUAUAUAGUGAUAUGUAAACUUCAAGUAGAUUAAUUUGUUAUUGUGGUUUAUUGUGAAACAUGAACCUUAUAAAUAUAUAGUCAUCCUAAUUGGAAUGUGCUUGUUUAUGUUGCGGCUUAAUUAAAAU